AUGGAGGAAUCGCUUAUUGCUUCUGUAGUGAGCACGGCGACUGACACGGUCGAGUCCACCGCCAAUGCGCUGACAGUAGAUUCCUCGACAGGUGCGACCUCCAGUGCUUUGAAUGCCCCUUCGCCACCUUCGACUGCUCCAGCUUCGACGGCUACCACGCCGAGAACAACCUAUCCUACAACCCCCUUCGAGAGGGUUUCCACACCGGCAUCGACAACUUGGGCUCCAACGGCAGAGCUAGGAAUGUCGACCACACCGGGAAACAGUUUUGGCUUAUCCGAUGCGAUAUCUUCCGACGCGAGCAGCUCAAGAUCGACAUCUUCGCCAACGACUUCCGUGCCACCACAAACGGUGCCAUCGCCGUCGACUGCUAAGGCCGUUGUAAGCCUAAUUGACAGCUACACGAACAGCACUAGUAAGCCUGUUGUGAGUGACAGCGACUCAGAUUCAACACAACUACUCGGCAGUCGGAGCCACGGUAGUGUUUCUAUCGACAGGAAAAGGGGGUCUGGCAGCAGCAAAGGAGACGGAGUAGCAGGAGCGACAGGCGUCGCCGACUCAGGUCUCAACACGGACAGCAUUGUUGGUCUCGUGAUGGGUGCAUUGGGGGCACUCUUACUUUUAAUCCUUCUGGUGAGCUGGUGCUUACGCCGAAGACGAAAGCAAUUAAUGAGCUCAGUCAAUCACGUGAGACUGGGAGCGACGGGGAACAUCCCAGUCUUCAAUACGCGCGGCACCGAGCGGUUCGAGACGUCCUCGACCUCCGUAUCCUUCGGGCCAUUCCACACUGCACGAAGCAAAACUACGGAAAGUUUGGAGUCGGACGGAACGGGACGGCCAGGCUUGUGGGAGGACGAAGUGAUCACAGCAACACGCAUCCCGCUGGAGAAGCUCACCACGACGAAGCUACUGAGCUCCGGUGGAUACGGAGAAGUCUACCGUGGUGUGUACCGAGAAGCGACAGUCGCGAUCAAAGUCUUACUACCUGACAAGCAGAAAGAUUUGGAACAGAUCAACGCAUUCCUGGCGGAAAUCAAGAUGAUGGCGACUAUCGACCAUCCGUGUAUCGUGCGCUUCCUGGGUGUGGCUUGGGACUCGCUCUCAGAUUUAGUAGCUGCGAUGGAAUUCAUGGAAGGAGGCGAUUUGCGCGCUCUGCUUGAUCGCUUCCAACUGGAGCAGCGACCUCGAGGCUUUGACCUCGACAAGGCUCGAAUCGCACUUCAAACGGCUCAGGCGUUGACGUACCUGCACUCUCUAGACCCGAAGGUACUGCACCGUGACCUCAAAGCGAGGAAUAUAUUGCUCACAUCAGAGUUGGAUACCAAGGUGUCGGACUUCGGAGUCGCUCGCAAAUACUGCUCUACCAGCAUGACCGCAGCAGUGGGCACCUCGCUCUGGAUGGCGCCUGAAGUCCUGCUGGGUGACCGGUACGAAUCGAGCGCAGACAUUUUCUCGUUUGGUGUCGUGCUCUCCGAACUGGACUGGCACCUACACCCGUACGCCGAAGCUCGGAUGACCAACAGCGGUCAACGAAUACCCGAUGCAGCAUUGCUACAGCUCGUGACCAUGGGGCGCGUGAGUGUCAAUUUCUCAUCCAGUGCCCCAACAAAGCUGGUCGACCUCGGACGCGCCUGCGUGAGCUUGAACCCUAAGGAUCGGCCGAGCGCCAGUGAGGUGCACUACCGAUUGCAGCUAAUCAAGCACUCUUACGAAAUGUACACGCUGUGA